AUGGACAGACUUCCAAAAAUUCCAAUGCCAAGUGGUCGCAUGACUCGUAACCAGCGUCGACUUUCUGAACAGCACCAAAAUCCAGUAGAGCAAGGCAAUGAUACUUCAGCACCAUCAGCACCAGGUCCAAGCCGUCGCACGAGCAGUAACCGGGAUCAAACUCAGGUUGUGCAAAGCGACAACAAUUCAGAUUUUUCGGCACCUUCGAAGAAAAGGAAAGGAAGUUUACGUAGUGAAGAUGAUGAACCAUCAGGUGGGACAUCAACUUCGAAUGAAGUCAAGAAAUUGGCGGGUCCAAAAGCUUCUCGAAACCGUCUGUUAAGCCUUUUAGAUCGGCAUGUCCAAAAGAAGAAACACGUGUCAAAUCCCUCUCGAACAACAAUUGCACAACCAUCAAAUCCCUCUCAAACAACGAUUACACAACCAUCAAAUUCCUCUCAAACGACAAUUACACAACCAUCAAAUCCAGAGGUUCAGGCGCCUAUAAUUCAGAGUCCUCCAAGUAUCCCACAAACAUCAAGCCCACAUGCUGAAAGUAGUUGUCAGGAGCAAUGUCAAGAAAAAGUUGAUGUCGUGGAGGAGGAACAAGAAUUCUCAUCAAGCAAGGUUGACUACUCAAGGUUUGAUGUUACGGAUCUUCAACAGAUGGUGUUGGAAGUUGGGCUUGACAGUAAGGGGAUGGACAAGGAUGAGUUGAUCCGAAACUGCCGGAUAUAUCAAGAUCUAAUAAUCUUGCCAAAUCGUCCAACAUCAACUGAGGAAAUAAUUAAGGUAGGCUCUAGCAAUUCAAAUACACAAGACUCGCAAGAACUUCCAACCAGCUUUUCACCUCUGAUUCAUCAACCCCUGGAAGACGAUGCAACUGCAAAUUCUGAACUGCAUCAAUCAUCAUAUUCUACAGCAGGUCCUAGGAACUCAAACACCAGACACUCACCCGAAAUCCUAGUCGAUGACCUCUCUGAUCGAUCAAUGCCACCCUCUUCUUCCAAGCGUAGAAACAAAGGGAAGGGACGAGCUCGUGUGCAAAUUGAGGAUGACUCAGACCAAGAAGCGCCUUUUACAGCCUUCAAAGGGAAAACAAAAAAGACCAGAGGUCGUGUAAGUCCGAGUGCAAACUCGGGUGAGGACUUGGGUCAGCCUGAUGGCAACAACACCUCGGGAGGAAUGGAUGCUGAUCUUGACAACAACUCGGGAAUGGAAGAAAAAAUGGACACUGAUUUCAAUAACAACUCGGGAGGAAUGGACAACGGGGAUAAAAUUUCAUACAGCGAACUCAAAAAACUAUUGCUGAUCACCAACAACAAGGUCGAAUUACUUACAGAUGAGUACCACACCUUGGCUCGAGUGGUGAAGGAUUUAGUGGAUGCGAAUGGCAAUAAAGGGGCUAAGAAAACCGCUCGAGGUGGCCGCACAGCAGUCCAUAUUCGCUUUCAUAUCGAUGCAAUGCUAGGGAGAACAUCAGAAACUAACCCGCUUCCGCCACCUGCUGCCUCUCAAGAGAAGGAUCGCUGGAUGUACGAGAAAGAUCUUGAGGAUGUAGAAUUUGACUUAGAAAACUUACCCAAGCCUCCUGACGAUCAUAAUCCCAUUGAUCCGCAUUUUCCAUACCCGGACGGCCCUGGUCAUCCUGAUGCAACUCCUCAGCAGCUGGCUGUGAUGUGGAAGUUAAUGAACGCGGUAGGUAUGGAAAGCUUUCGGCCAGAUUUUUCACAAUCUGCACAGUCACCGGAAAAUAAGUGGGUAUGGGGAAUUGCAGAGAAGAUUUUUAUCAAGUUGGUUGAGUGUGGUGAGUACCCGGGGGUAUCUUUGGAUAGGACAAAUAGGGAGUACAUCAAGGAAUGCUUUGAUUCCCAUUUUCAAACCCUUAAGAAGAGACAUCGUACGGAACAGUGGGAAACCGAGCGUAAAAUAGCGGCAGGUGUUGCUAACAGACGAGUCACACGGCUUGAACGCCUCAAAAAAGCACGAAGAAAAACGGUCAUGGAUACCCAGAAACUAUGGCGUCUUUUACCACUCAUUGAAACUACCUGCAGCGAUGAUGAGACUGAUACUGAGGGCAUAUCAAUAACCUCAUCACCUGGCGAAAGCACGGCAACUAUUGUACGAGCACUCCCGUGGCGCAGUGAAGGACUGUCCAACGUCUGGAAACGCCUAGAAGACUCUCAAGUGCGGCUCAAACAAAGUCUUGCUCCAAAAACCUCCUCCCCCAAUCGCGGCCGCCCCUCUCGUCCUCGUCUCCGUCGGCCGAAUGCACCUCCUAGUAAGAUUGUAGCUCCCAAAAAUUUACCGAAGGACUGCUAUGCACAGCCCUAUCUAGAAAGACUCUCGUCCAAUGAGAAAGCUUUACUCCACAUAGACGAGAAACCUAUAUUACUGGAAAUCCUUGCGGUGUUGGAUGAGCUCAAUUAUUGA